AAACACGCCCGGGUUUGUAAUCACUGACGAUGACAAGUUAUUCAAUAAUCCGGUCGACGGCCCUAUUGACACCGAUCGUGACAAGGACAUUCCAGUAAAGUAUGAAGAAUAUAAAAUUCUUCAUAGGUGCAAAUUCCGACAAAAAAACAAAAUCGGAUACAAUGAUGUGGAGCGGCUCUCCUCGGUUGUAGAAACCUACCACGAUGACCAUUUAGGCGCGAUAGUUUCUAACCAAGGGUAUUCUACAAAUUCUAAAAGCGUAGCACCUCAAAUGAAAAUCAUGUUGUGUCACACAACUAAUUUCAUUAAAAAAAUCAUCGAUAAAGUCCGGUAUUUAAGGCAAAAAGCCAACGAAGGUGAUGAAGAAGAAGGUCAAGUAGUGAGAGUCGAAGUUUCAAAUGAG